CUUCCCUCCUUGCCUUCCCGUCUUCCCAGCGUUCAUUGCCCCAUGUGCUGACAGGUGGAUCCACCAUUUUAGAUGCCCUGGAGCCUGUGCCGCAGUAAAUGGAGUUUAAUGAGUUUUGAAGACAUUAAUGAGGAAUAGAGCGGCCAUCAGUGAUAAUGAAGGGACUAAGAAGGUGACGCUUCUCUGCUGGCAUUGAUUCACUUAAGUACAGGAACAGAAGAUAAAUUUACUAGAAAGAGCAGUGGAGAAGGUCCGUGACCACAGGCACGUCAAGAAACAAUGGUGGUGAAGACAGCAGAUGAUACACAAUCCCCACACCUAAACGUGUUUGUUACUGGAAGAAAUAUAUAAUUCAGAGACUAUUUGGAAAUCAACCUAAGCAAAUAAGAAGACCGAAGCAGCUCCAUUAAUCUAAUACAUCAUACAGAACUUAGUUGAUCUCCUAUGUAAUCAUUGGUAGCAUUAAUAUCCCUGAACAUUACACAUUACUUUACUUGCAUGUGUUAAAUAUUUAAAUUUUUAUCUGAUUUUAUCGGUCACCUUUUUAACUUUUUUUUAAAAUGGAAUCAGGAAACCCAAGUAAUGGAAGCUUGUUGGUUGAUAUGCCAUACUGGAAUAAUGAUACCUUAUUGUUCAAACCAGUAUUUAAUAUAGUAAUCUCACCAAUGACCAUAGUCGUGUCGGUAUUGGGAAUAGCUGGCAAUGGUCUUGUAGUUUGGUAUCUCUCCUUUAAGAUCAAGAAAACCACAUCUUCUAUCUAUAUUUUUAACCUUGCUGUGGCUGAUGCAGCAUUUUUGCUGUUUGCAUUUCUUUUGCACAUUAUGGCAUUGGUCUUUGCCAUGAUACCGCACUUGGAAUCUCAAUAUGAGGAUGAGCAUGUUAUUAACUUAAUAGGUAUACUAACUUUAGCUUGUCUCUUUGGAUACAACACUAGCCUGUGUCUUCUAACAGCUAUAAGUAUAGAGAGAUGUCUGUCUGUUCUCUUUCCCAUAUGGUAUUAUUGUAAUAGACCAAGGCACAUGUCCUCUAUUGUAUGUACUCUGAUAUGGACCAUUUCUUCUAUUCUUUGUGCUCUCGAGUUUGCAUUUUGUUACAGUAUGACCUACAAUCGUAAAGGCAUUCUUAGGGAGUCCGGUAGGGAAUGUAAAACAAUCUUUAUCAUUAUCUGUAGUUUUAGUCUUGCAUUUGUUCCGUCCAUGACAGUGUCAAGUUUUAUUCUGCUCCUAAAAGUAUGGACAAGUUCUCAGCAUCGACGGUCGAAGAAGUUAUAUGUUGUCAUUGCAGUAACAGUCUGUUUUUUCCUAGUGUUUGGAAUGCCCAUGAGAGUGUUAUUGCUUAUAUGGUACAAACACCAUGCAGUACCAUCCUUUUUUAUCAUGGACCUUUUUGCUCUGUUUUGUUGCAUUAACAGUAGCAUUAACCCAUUUGUCUAUUUCCUGGUUGGUCGCCAAGGACAAAGUGAAAAAAUUACACUUCUGUCAAUUUUUCAGGCAGUUUUUCGAGAUGACUGUAGUCAGUCAAGGAGGGAGCAAACAAAGGCAACAGAAGAAAUUUUGAUUGUGAACAGAAAAGAACAUAAUAAUUCCACUUUUCAAGAUGAGAGAAGACUAGAUGUAAAAUGACUUCUGGUUGUUUAUUGAUAAAUUAAAUGUACAGUAUUGUUUCGCUAUACAAAUUACAUUGUUGAGUUUGUUGACAGUUCAGCUGCUAAGCUUGAUAAAAACACUUUACACCAGAGAAGUAUGCAUGCCAUCUGUUGUGUUCCAGUGAUAAGCCAUAUUUUAUUUGAGGUGUUUUUAGAAGCGUAACUAAAGGCACUGUAAAUAAUUAUAUAUAUGUAAAGAUGUAUACAGAUGAUAUUGGGGAUAGAUGUUUUGAGCAUAUUUCAACUGCCUGACCCUUUUAAUCUGAAAUAUAUAAGCCCACGCCUCCUCUAUUGAUUGAGAAUACAUGAAUCUUCAGCUUCACAAAACAUAUACGAGGAGAUCAAAAGAGAUAACUGUUAGCCACACUGGGCCAACAGCUAUUAAAGAGAAUCUGACAGCAAUUCACCCGCACUAAACCCAAUAUAUUGGGUUAUAGUGCGGGUGAAUAGCUGAACAUAGAAGUGUCACAUUUUUCCAUUAGGUAUUUCCAUCCAAGUGGCCGGUAGAAUAUGUUUAUCAAUGUGCGCCAGAGCGCAUUGGC